AUGAGCAGCGGCGCCGCAGCACCGGCGCCCGUCCCCCUGAAGGCGGUCGUGCAGGCAGCGCAGCGCAACCGCAACGCCACCGCACAGGUGCGGCGCUGGUUUGAGGACACCCUGGUCGAGGCCCAGCGGGGGGACGUGAAGCAGCAGGCGCUCGUGGCCCAGAUGUUUGCAGAGGGCUACGGCUGCCAGCGCGACCUGCAGGCGGCGGCCGAGUGGGCGGAGAAGGCGCGACUGCGCGGCUAUAAGAUGAAGGGGGUAUACUGCGAGCUCUGA